AGGAUAUUAAGGAAUUGAUCAACAAAGCUGUUCCUGAAAAUAUCAGACUAGGUAGAGAACUUGAUUUGGAAGAACCUAAAGCUUUGCUGCAUGACUUCUCUUGAAUGGACAAGCACUCUGAAGUCAUUGUAUUAAGAUGAUCUAUUGCUGAAAAAAGAAUGUAUUGCAUUACACCUCAGCUAUAGCAUAACUGCUCUGAUGUUGAAUUGUAUUAACCAAUGUAUAACUUCUGAUCACAAUGCCAUUGCUUAGAACACACUAGCAUGUGCAUGUAUGCAUACGCACAUAUAUGCAUAUACACACACAUAUGCUUGGACACAUACAAAUUUCCAGUAGAUCAAUUUUAAAGGUUCUUGACACCUUUUCAUGAAUAUUUGUUUACCCUAAUCCUAGUAGUUUUUUACAAUGAUUUACAAAAGACCCCAUUCAUGUUUUUAUAUUUUUGAAUUAAAAAAGAGAAAAGAAAAAAGUUUUAAUUUCAUGCAGAGACCAGGAUAACAUUUUCAAAAAUAAAUCUAUCAUUCAAUUUAUAUUUAUUUCUAUCUGUUUUAAAUCACAUGAUAUAGCAAAAAUGUAAACAAAAUUAAGUAAAAGCAAACACAGUGAAUAAUACUUGUGUUAUUAGCGUGUUUAAGUAAUGCUAUGGUUUGUAAUAUGAUAUAUCUUAAUAUAGCCAGUAUAUAAAAGUAUACAAUAAUAGCUGCAUGUUCCCUGAUGCCCUCAAAGACAAUUUAUAAGUAAAGGUCAAGCUUACAGGAGAACAUGAAGUACUUGAUCACCUUAAAGGAAUUGCCAAAAAUAAUAAGCUAUGGAGGUCAUACAUUGGGAUGGGUUACUAUGGAUGUGAUGUACCCCCAACAAUAAUGAGAAAUAUAUUUGAAAAUCCUGGAUGGGUCACCCAGUACACUCCAUAUCAAGCAGAGAUUGCUCAGGGUAGGCUGGAAAGUCUUCUUAACUACCAGACCAUGAUUUGUGACAUGACAGGCCUGGAUGUUGCCAAUGCCUCUCUGCUGGAUGAGGCUACAGCUGCUGCAGAGGCCAUGGGGCUGUGUUACAGAUAUAACCAGAGACAGAAAUUCUAUGUAGAUGAAAGAUGUCACCCCCAAACAAUUGCAGUAGUUACAACAAGAGCAAGUGUACUAGGAAUAGAAGUUAUCUGCUGUCCAGCUGAUGAGAUGGAUUUCUCAAAGCAAGACAUUGGUGGAGUGCUGUUUCAGUAUCCUGACACAAAUGGCAGCAUUGAAGAUCUGUCUGCAUUCGUAGCUGAUGCUCAAGCAAAUGGGACCCUAGUUGUAUGUGCCACUGACCUGUUAGCCCUCACAAUCCUGAGGCCCCCAGGGGAGUUUGAAGUGGACAUCACUGUAGGCACCAGCCAGAGGUUUGGGGUUCCCCUGGGGUAUGGGGGGCCACAUGCAGGGUUCUUUGCUGUGAAGAAAAAGUACAUAAGAAUGGUGCCAGGAAGGAUGAUUGGGGUUACAAAAGAUGCCAGUGGAAAAGAAGCCUACAGGCUGGUCCUGCAGACAAGAGAACAGCACAUUCGCCGUGAUAAAGCCACUAGUAAUAUAUGCACUGCCCAGGCUCUUCUGGCCAAUAUGUCAGCCAUGUAUGCUGUGUAUCAUGGCCCCCAUGGCCUGAAACACAUUGGAACCCGGGUUCACCAUGCUGCACUGAUUUUGAAUGAGGGUGUAGAGAGUGCUGGUCACUCACAGGUCAACAACGUAUUUUAUGACACCCUGAAGAUCAUGCCAGCUGACCAGGAAUUGAACAAUAUUAUUCAGAGGGCUCAGGAAAAGAAAAUCAAUCUCAGAUAUUUCCCUGAUGAUCAUAUUGGAGUAUCUCUGGAUGAGACAGUUGAAAUAGAAGACCUCAAUGACUUAUUAUGGGUAUUUGGUUCUCAGGAGAAAGCUGAAGAUAUUGCAGUGGCUUUGGAAAGAGAUUGUCCCAGAUCUCUGUUUAAUACUCCAUUUAAAAGGACAUCAAAAUAUCUCACGGAAAAUGUAUUUAACAGAUUUCACUCAGAGACACAAAUUGUGAGAUACAUGAAGAUAUUGGAAAAUAAAGAUGUAUCUCUAGUUCACUCCAUGAUUCCAUUAGGGUCAUGUACAAUGAAGCUGAACAGUACCACAGAAAUGAUUCCGUGUUCCUGGUCAGAAUUUGCUCACAUUCACCCAUUUGCUCCUGUUGAGCAGGCACUAGGAUACCUUCAACUGUUUGAGGAGCUGGAAAAAGACCUCUGUGAAAUCACAGGGUAUGACAGAAUCUCUUUCCAACCAAACAGUGGAGCCCAGGGUGAAUAUGCAGGUCUGAGGGCAAUAAUGGCAUAUUUAAAAUCAAAAGGACAAUCACACAGAACAGUCUGUCUGAUCCCAGCUUCUGCCCAUGGUACCAACCCUGCAAGUGCACAAAUGGCUGGGAUGGAAAUCAAACCUAUCAAAGCAGACAAAUAUGGUGAAAUAGACAUGGUCCAUCUCAAAACCAUGGUAGAAAAGCACAAAGACAAUUUAGCGUGUAUGAUGAUUACAUAUCCCUCUACUUUUGGAGUGUUCGAGGAAAGAAUAAGGGACAUUUGCAGUCUGAUUCAUGAUAAUGGAGGUCAAAUCUAUCUGGAUGGUGCCAACAUGAAUGCCCAGGUGGGGCUGUGUAGACCUGGGGACUAUGGAGCUGAUGUCUCCCAUCUCAACCUACACAAGACUUUCUGCAUACCCCAUGGUGGGGGAGGCCCUGGCAUGGGACCCAUUGGAGUAAAACGGCAUUUGGCUCCUCAUCUUCCCACACACCCCAUCAUCCCUCCAUAUGGGACCACGGGACCAGAGGCAGAGUCUUUUGGUGUGAUCAGUGGUGCCCCCUAUGGUUCAAGUGCCAUUCUACCAAUAUCCUGGGCAUAUAUCAAGAUGAUGGGGGCAGAGGGAUUGAGACAUGCCACAGAGAUUGCCAUUCUUAAUGCCAACUACAUGAGCUAUAGACUGAAGGGCUAUUAUAAGACACUGUAUAGCAAUUUUGCUGGUUAUUGUGCACAUGAAUUUAUUGUUGACUGCAGAGAAUUCAAGAAGACAGCUGGUGUGGAGGUGGUAGACAUUGCUAAAAGACUUAUGGACUAUGGCUUCCACGCUCCCACCAUGUCCUGGCCAGUGCCUGGAACACUCAUGGUGGAACCCACAGAGUCUGAGAGCAAGGAAGAACUGGACAGAUUCUGUGAUGCCCUCAUCUCAAUAAAGCAUGAAAUUGAUGACAUAGAACAGGGUAAACUGGACCCCAAAAUCAACCCUCUCAAGAUGGCCCCCCACUCAGCAGAUGUGGUGUUAAGCAGUAACUGGGACAGGCCCUAUAGCAGAGAAAUGGCUGCUUAUCCAGCAAGUUUUGUGUGCCCAGACACCAAGAUAUGGCCCACUGUGAGUAGGAUUGAUGACAAGUAUGGAGACCAGAACCUGUUUUGUACUUGCCUGCCCAUGGAGGAAUACAAGUCCCCUUUUGUGGCCAAAAAUUAGGCACAUAUGUCUGGACAUUAUUGUUGAUGACAUUGCUUCAUUCCAUUGCAUUACAACAGAUUGUACAAAUUCAUUUCCUUCCCAGCUGCAAUAAACAUGUUUUUGGGGGUUUUGGAGAUCUUAAAUGCUAAUUUCUGUGGAUUUUAAAUUUGGUGUGGCAUUGCUUUAUUACAUUGAGGUUUUGCUCUUAUUGAGUAUUACCCUUUAUUGUCACAGUAUAUUUCAUAAGUUUUAACAGCAUGUAUACAGUAUUUAUGACGUGUGAUAGAAUCAUUAGCUUUAUAUACAUAUAUAUUUAUACACACACUCAUUGGUGGUUAAUUUUAUAAGAUAAGAUAUAUACAUUUAGACAAGGCAGCAAAGCUGUCAAAUGUGGAAAAUGAAACUAAGUUUGAAGACAAUAAGUGCCAUGGUUAACCAGCCAUUGUGGUAACAGUGAAAAGUGAACGGCAGCACCGACACUCACAGGUGGUGUCUGUCCAUAAAAAGAAGAUAAAGAUUGGAGUGGCCACAUGCCAUGACAGAAGUUUUUUGCGCAUUGAAAAAAUGUGUUCAAUAUAUUUCCCUUUUAUGAUACUGUUCUCACAAUGAUCAUAAAUUAGAAAUUAUUUAUUCAGAAGAGUUUUGCAUUUAGUUUUGACUCUUUUUAGCAUGAAAUUGUGAAUGCAUGUUUUUGGUGCACUUACAACUUUUUGCUCAUUAUUCUCUUCAGUUAUUUGUUCUACUAAUUGUUUAUUUAGUGCAAUAUUCUUCAUACUUCUGCUACUUAUUCAUAUUAAGAUCAUCCUCCUACAGUUUCUGUGAUUAAUACAUACUUAUUAUAUUAAUAUUAAUGUAUAAUUUUUGUCAAGUAUUUCCUGUUAUUAAUGUUGCCAUAUAUCAUGCCAUAAACUUAACACUUUAAAUACCCCUUUUAUGGGAGUGUGUUAGUUAUAAUUGACUUUUUUCUCGUUUUCCUUAAAAAUUUAUAUGUGUGUAAGAAAUUCUGAUAUCGUAAACUUGGAUAUCAUAUCCAUCAAUCUAAGUGCUUAUGAAACUAGCAGUUACUAAUAUUCAUCAAAAAAUAAGAUGUAUUCAUUUUAUUGAACCACUCAGUUAUUUAUAUAUCUGUUAUAUUCACAU